UCCUGGCUGGGGUUGCCUGCAAUGCUCUAUGGCCCUGAGAAGAUGCGCCUCAGAGGGUUGGCCCCUGGAGAGGAUGGCAGUAAAACAGGUCCUGGGCCCCUGGUUCCUGAUCUACACUUGUGUCUGCUCUUGCAUCUCCUGGGGAGUCCCUGUUCCAGAACACGGAGCAGGUAAGAGUUUGGCUGGGACAUUCACCUGCUUCAGCAACAGCCUCUUCAGGAUUGACUGCCACUGGUCGGCUCCAGAAGUGGGCCUGGAAUCCAGGGCCUGGCUCCUCUUUACCAGUAACCAGGUAACAGAUAUCAGGCACAGGUGCCCAUUCCAGGGCAGUGUGUGCACCCUCACGCUGCCCCUUGAGGAGGUGUUGGUGCCCACUGACGUCUUCACCAUCACUUUGCACCGCCAUGUCAUGGGGCAGGAGCAGGUCAGCUUGGUGGACUCGCAGUUCCAGCCGUGGAGGCACAUUAAGCUGGAUCCCCCCUCGGAUCUGCAGAGCAACGUCAGCUCUGGGAGUUGUGUCCUGACCUGGAGCAUCCAUUUUGCUCUGGAGCCCUGGAGCUCAAACCUCAACUAUGAGCUGGCCUUCAAGAAGCAGGAAGAGCCCUGGGAGCAGGCCCGGCACAAGGACCGUAUUGUUGGAGUGACCUGGCUCAGCCUUGAAGCUGUCGAGCUGAACCCUGGCUCCAUCUACGAGGCCAGACUGCGUGUCCAGAUGACUUUGUUGGAGGAGGAUGGCAUGGCAGAGGGGAAGUACUAUAAGAGCCAUUGGAGUGAGUGGAGCCAGCCUGUGUCCUUUCCUUCUCCCCGGAGAUGGAGACAGGACUUCCUGCUCCCAUCCUGGCAGUGGUCGGAUAGCAUCCUUGUUGCUGUGUCCAUCUUUCUUCUGCUGACCGGCCUUAUCCACCUUCUGUUCAAGCUGUCACCCAGGGUGAAGAGAAUCAUCUACCAGAAUGUUCCUUCUCCAGCACCUUUCUUCCUUCCUCUCUACAGUGUGUACAAUGGGGACUUCCAGACCUGGGCAGGGGCCCACAGAACGGGACUGCAACCAAGACGGAAUGGUGUCAACACUCCAUCAGGAGGCUCAGGGUCCAGCAUCCGGGAGGCCAUUGCAUCCCUCACCUACAGCCCAGCGUGCCCUGCGCAGUUUUCCAGCCUGCAGUGGGAAGGCGCAGGCCCUGGCUUCUCAGGGCCACCAGGCUUGGAGCAUGUGCUGCCCGCAGUGUGUCUGGAGCUGGAGGGACAGCCGUCUGCCUACCUGCCCCAGGAGGGCUGGGCUUCUCCAGUCUCUGUCCGACCCCCUCCUCUGGACUCAGACGGGGGCGGCAGUGACUAUUGCAUCUUGGACUCCUGUGAGGAGCUCCGACCCUCAGCCUUCCCAGAACCCUGA